AUGUCGGAAGUGGUAUCACAAAUGAAGUAUCCGCCUGAUAUAUCGAAAUCACGAUGGGAUCAAUCGACAUUCGAAGGGCGUGCUCGCCAUUUUUUUGUGACUACAAAUCCGUUAAAUCUUUUUGUAUCUAAAAAACGAUUGGAGGAAGCAAAAAAAAUUGUUCUGGAUUAUAGAUAUGGACAGAAAGUACCUGAGAACUUAACGGUUGAUGAGUUAUGGCGUGCGAAACACGUCUUCGAUUCUGCAUAUCAUCCUACUACAAAUGAACUUAUGAUUUUGCCAGGUCGUAUGAGCUGUCAGGUACCUGGCAACAUGUUCUUGACCGGUGGCAUGCUGACUUUCUAUAAAUCUUCGGGCGCUGUAAUAUUUUGGCAAUGGUUGAACCAGUCAUUCAAUGCAGUCGUAAAUUAUACAAACCGUUCGGGUGAUAGCGUUUCCAAUAAAACACUUUUAACGUCGUAUUUCUGCGCAACGAGUGCUGCUGUUACUGCUGCAUUAGGGCUCAAUUCAUUAGUAAAGUCAAUGCCACCGCUGAUCGGACGCCUGGUGCCAUUUUGUGCCGUUGCAGUUGCAAAUUCAAUCAAUAUCCCUCUUAUGCGGUCUAAAGAGUUGGUAGAUGGCAUUGCGAUAUGUGAUGAAAACGGUAAUAAAGUGGGCACCAGUAAGAAAGUAGCACGAAUAGCCAUAACUAAUGUUACGAUAAGCCGAAUUGGAAUGGCUACUCCAUCGUUUUUCUGUAUACCAGUUCUGAUGAAUCAGAUUGCGAAGACGAAUUGGUACCAGAAGCGACCUUGGGUGUCAGCUCCGAUACAAACAUUGAUGGCUGGUUUCAUCCUAACAUUUGCAACACCCCUGUGCUGCGCCAUUUUUCCGCAGAUAAGUUCCAUCGAAACGAAGUAUUUAGAGCCAGAAGUUCAAAAUGAAAUCAGUAAGCUUCGCAACCCACCUGAACGCGUGUAUUACAAUAAAGGGUUGUGA